AUGGGAAAGGGUUUGUUGCCUGAUACACGUGAGCUAGCUGCAACGGGUGCAAAGUCAUUGACGAUUGGGAAAUGUGAUGUUGCAUUGGAGCUUGGUGCAAGGCUGAAUUGGUUGUUGCAUUUAGGGAAACCUCCAAAUGAAGAGGCAAAGGAAAAUGUGUCAAGAAUGGAGGCACAAUUGGCUAAGGAUGUUCGGCCAUUUAAUUUUAUGACACCAAUGAGGAUAAUUAGGGAUGCGAUUUUGGUGUCUAAGGGGGCGAACACAAUCAAUGUUGGUCGGGUUGUGUUGAUUCAGACGGAGCCGAGGAGUAGGUUGGAUGUUGAGACUUGGGGGACAAUGGAGAUGGUCUGA